UUUGUUUGCUUGUUUGCGACUGGUGUAUACAUGCUGGACGCGAAUUCUGGGUCCUCGUAUUUCAUCGCGAUUAAGCGCGGCACGGAUACUUGGAACCUUAAGCUCUUACAUCUUGUAUGUAUAUCAUGCAAAGUACUUUACAUACCUUUAGGAUUUACACUGGUUUUGGGCUGGUCGAGAUUAGUUCUUUUCUCCCCUUCAAUAAUGAGGGCAACUUUGCAUGCUGUAUUGUAUUGUAUGUCGGCAAAAAUCAGAAAAACUAUUUGCAGUGUUAUUGACUGUAUGCUAUGAGCAAAAAGGAUGUAUUGAAUGAAAUACGGGACGCAAGCCCCUUGAUAUUUGAGCAAGCGAUCAAAUUGCGUAAAGCUCUCCACUCUGCUCUUAUUGAUAUCUUUCUACCGCUAACGGCUGCGGUACAUACGAGUAGGCACGAGCACCUGCGUUCUUUGUUUUUG